GUUUCAUACCACACAUCAAGGGUGAGAGAGAAAAGCCAUGGCGGACAUUGUCCUGAAGGAGAAGAGGAAGCUAUUUAUCCAAUCAGUGGACAAAGGUAUAAUGAGCAUCUUCCUGGAUGACCUACUAGAGGACAGAGUGCUGAGCCAGGAAGAGAUGGAGAGAAUAAGAGAUGAAAAUCCUGCAGUCACGGAUAAGGCCCGAGCUUUGAUUGACUCUGUCAUAAAGAAAGGGUCCCAGGCAAGCCAGAUUUUCAUCAAUCGGAUUUGUGAAGAAGACCCUCUCCUUGCAAAGAAGCUAGGGAUCUCUGCAGAGUGAAGACGGAAGCUCUGGUGGAAUCCAAGCUCUGGUUUCUGUUGUACUUCCUAAAGCCAAUUCUGAGGGAGAAGAUGUUCUUUGAAAGCUGUUUUCUAGAGUGUGGGGAAAGCCUAUGCCUGUCAUAUAACAGAUGUGUUCUGUGUCCAUCUACUUAUAUUGCAUUUCUUGUUUUUUUUCAAUUGUUCUUUGUUCUCCUGUGCUGCUCCAAAAUUAAAGAUAAUUAAUCAAUAAUAGUAAAGGUCAAGAGUACUUAUAAAAUAUCUUCCUUGCCACAUUCCUUUCAACCUAUAGUCAUUGAAAUCUAGAGGCAUUUGCACAAUACACUGUGAUAUAUACCUAACUAACACAGGGGCCCUGCCUCUGUAUGCAUCAAAUGAUAUCCUCUCAGUCGGUGUUGGCAUAGCUUUGCUUCCCCCUCAUACAUGUGCCAGUUUUCCCAGGGCCAUAGUCUAUAAUUAGAUGUAUUGAUUCUAUGUACUCUAAUGGGAGAGCUCUUCCUAGAAGAAAGUUCUUGGCAUAUACAAUACUGCUAUCAUAAGGCCUGCUCCAGAAAAUAUUCUGGAAUUUAUUGAUGGUUAAUUUAGCACAACAGUCUAGAUGGGAAGGAUGGAAAAAACUUUCUUGGGCUCAAAAUUUUAUGAGGCAUCCUAUGUCUCCCCCCCAUUCACAGCAGGGAAAUGGACCAUAUUUUAUAUAUGAUUAUCUUGUCAUAUAGGUAAUGUAAUGAAGACUUGAAGUGUUCCUCAUUUGUUAGCUCAUGCCAAUUCUUAACUUUCUGGAGUAAAUUUCUCAAGUGGGUGUUGUUAUACUGAGAUCCUCAUAAAACCUUAAAUAAAAUCCAAUUUAAUUCUUGUCCUUUUUGGAAUUGACAAUCAUAAUGAAUAGUGACCCUGGAGGGAAAAUUAAAAAUAGAUUUGAGUGACAUAUGUGACCAAGUAGUGGGAAUGAGGGUUUCUAAUGUUCUCCUCUUUGGAGUAGAGCAUAGACCACUGAGGGGCAGAUUGCAUUUGCUUGGGAGAUUCCAAAACUUGCCAUCAGGGCUCCCAUCAGAUGCAUUAUCAUAGAGUGCCCUUUGUGGACCAGCUGGCAGAGUAGCCUAGUGAUUAGGAUCCCAGGAUUGAUAGUCCAGAGGACUUGUGUUCAUAUGCUGGUCCCACCACAUUCUUGCUCUAUGACACUUAGAAAAUUGACUUGAUUCCUCUGAGCUAAUCAGCUAAAUGAACUAAUGCCUGCAAAAGGCCCAGUCCAGUACUUACCACAAAAUAACCAAGCAACAAAUGGUAGUUGCUUAUUAUGAUUAAUAAUUACUUGAUUCCUAUUAGUGUUCACAGUGACGUAGUACGGAGAAUAAAGAGAAUGGGGAACCAAACUCAUAAACAUACAAAAUAUUUUCCUGUAAACUCUCAUAUACAGCAUAGAACUAAACUUUCGAAAUGAUCUAUCCCAUGUGUCAGGAAUCUCUCUCGACCAUGGAGAAUUCAAUAUUUCAUGAGCCUGGGAAGGAGGAAAUGGGGGGGGCGGGGUUAUCAACAUCAGUGAGGAAUAAAUUGGGGAGAUUUUUCAGAACAUUAUGGGGAAAUUUUAUUGGCUUUGCACAACUAUCUGUGAUUCUAGCAAAAAGGGGACAUUCUCAUCAAUCUUCUCUUCUCAGAAGCAAAGUAAAAGCUCUUGUGACUCAGCAUUUCUCUGACUCCCAUUGUUCUCAAAUUCUGGCUGGAUUUCUCUGAGAACUCCACCAGUUCUUCUCAGGCUUGGAGCUGGAGUUCGUUCCCCUGUGAUUGGCAGUAGGCUAGAGGGUCACCUCACUAUUUGCUGCUGUGAUCAAUUUUGCCCAACAUGGAUAACUUUUCUCCUUAGUUAUCUCCAAAGUCCAAGUUGGCUCUGAUUUAGACAACUUCACUUUGAACACACCUGCCAUGCAGUAGUGAUCACUUCCGGAGCUGCCGUGAAACACAAUAUCCAGAGAACUAUUGAUUCUUUAGCUUAAUGUGUCUAAAUCCCACUUUGCUCAUAGAAAGCAGAAAUCAGGGAAGUCACCUCCAGACACCUUUUGUGGGAGAUUUUUAGAGGCUAAUCUCAGAUGUGCUGUGUUUUAUUGCUGCCACAGUCCAUGGGCUAGAACUGGGUCACCUGCCACUCCUAACUCUAAGAGUGGCUGGAAAUGUAGACCAGCUCUGUGCCCAGGAAGAGGAGGAGAGUCUUGUUGAAAAGCUAGCCUGUCUCCACCACAAAAUUUAAGCAAAGAGUUUUCAUUCUACACAAUACUGGAGGAGAGACAGAAAAUUCCUGGGUCCUGGAUGACAAGGAUGAUCUAAUGCUCUACCCUGAAGAUGGUGAUCUCAGCUUUAUUCCAUCCUGACAGGAUCAACAAGCACUAUGGUCCUAAUUAGCAAAGCUUAUUUUUACAUAAGUAAAAAAAUGCAGUCAGUCCAGCCUUUUCUUGCUGAAUAAUCAGUAUUUUAUUGGUCCUGGAACAGUUUUUCACCCACAAUUCUGGAAUAACUUCAUCCAGAAAUGCCCCUUUUCUCUUUGAAUAAAAGGUCCUUAUGUAGGGAAGAAAUUUAGAUACCAGGAAUUAAAAUUUUUCACCAAGUUAGAAAUUGCUUUGCUGAAUUUAUUCAGGGUGAUUAUCCAUGCAUUUUUACUUGGAUAUUUUAUAGGAUGCCCUAUUUUCUAAGAAAUAUUAAUUAUAAUUGAGGGCCAAAUUCUUCCAUUUAAUUUUUCCCAAUGUUCUCCAGACUUCCCUGUGAAGAGACAGAAAAUGUCUUCCAUCUAACAAAGGUUUCUAUAGUUUCCUUCAAUAUAUACAUUCUGAUGAUUUCUUACCUUCUGCAUCAUCAACAUACUUCAUGCUGCCUUGGUUUACCUGGACUGAAUAUACUGCAGUUUCUUCAAGUUCCUCUUCAAUUUGGAGUUCAAAAUUGAACAUAGUUUUCUAGUUGUAGCAGUUUAGUUCCUAAAAGACCCUUCAAAUAUCUGGAAAACAUAUUUCCAUUUUGAAACAGGCAAAAAUUACAUUAACCUCUUUAGCAAGUACAUCACAUUGUCAGAUACUAUUGAAAUUCUGGUCAGAUAAUAACUUGGGGCAUUUCUCACAAACCACUGUGAAAACUCUUCCUCAUAUAUUUGUGCAAUAUUUAGUGCUAUGAAUCCAUCCAGUGUGGACCUUGAUUGCAAUAUUUGUUAUUCCAGUUCAUGGACUCAUUAUUCCUUCUAGGCAUCCCUGUAUGUACACACAGUAGGUAGAAAUCCUGAAGGAAGGAAAAGGGCUAAUUUAAAAAAAUAUAUAUUCCUAAUGCCUAGUAUCACACCUGCUAUGCCUGUUAAGUAAAUAAAUAAGAUAUAGCUUUUAAAAAUAUUUAAAUAUAGUAAUUAAGAUCUACUCCCAUUAACCUUUAUCCUAGGCUUUUGAUCUUGUGAAUUCAAUUUUGAUCUUGUGUCUUAUUUUUUCUAACAUAUUGAUUCUUUUUCUGAGAGUCUUUUCAUGUAUAGCCUUGAAUGUCUCCUUAUUUAUGUUUUUUUAUCCAAAAUAUUUGUAAACUGUUGAUCCUAAGGGAUGAAGGUACAUCCCUGUGUCCUUCUGGCUUGGAAUGUGUUUAAAUAGUGGUGCGCUCACUCAACAGUGUUAAUGACUAGCCCAGGAUUCUCCUCUUAGAAAUGAAUUGCCUCCUUUCUGGCUCAUACUCUGAUGAUGCUGUGAGGAACACCAAGCGGGAUCAUCAGGAAUGCCAUUAUUCUUAAUAUUUUCUU